CCGACUGCAUAACAAGAGGAAAACAGAUUGUUUACGAAAUAGUACCGAUAAUUAGAUAACGAUUAACAUUACUUUCAGCUAUUGCUUUACUGCCAACAUUUGGAAAAUCAUUGUUUUGUGUAAAAAUAACCUGUUGACAUAUUCCAAUAUGGCUUACUGUAAUUGUAAUGUAAUGAAACUGGUCAUCCUCUAAAUAGCUUUUAAUGGUCGGCCGUGUUUCAUCUGACUGGGUUACAGCCGGCUACUAGAAUGUUACAGUUUCUCUGCGCCAGUUACAUAACCCUGUAUACACCCUAUGACCUGUAAACACAUUUCUAGUAGCAUGCAGCAGCCACUGCAUUGUAACCUCUAAUGAUUUAUACCUAUUUGAUUAGUGUGCUACUAGUGACUUGUAUCUUGCGUAGUGUAACUAUGGUGCAUAGGUCAUGUUGGGGACAUGUGUAACAUAGUAUGGAUCCAAUAAUAGACAGUGAUUGGCUCGGGUGUAAAAGCGAGCCAGUAGAUGAGUCGCAGCAUGUCGGCAACAUUGCCCGGAGCUGGCAGUGGAGGGGCAUGGGCAUCAACCCGCCCCAGGGCCCCUCCAAUAAGACAGUCCUUGAAAACAUAGCUGAGGAUAUACUAGUGCAGAAACCACUUAAAACAAAGUGCUGUGACUUGCCAGGCUAUCCUCGGUCCACCUUUUUAAUGGUCUUCAGUCCAGAUGCGACCAAAGUGGCCUCAACUCAUGGCAAUCACAAUGUGUAUGUAUCGGAACUUGCUAGCGGCAAGCAUGUGAGGAUAUUGAAGGGGCACCCCCGCACACCGUGGUGCAUCGCCUUCCACCCGUCACAUCCACAACUCAUAGGGUCAGGCUGCCUUGGUGGCCAAGUUCGAGUUUGGGACUUGAGUGGUGGUAGUGAGGUGUGGACAGUUGGCAAUGAGACAGUGAUAUCCUCCAUCGCCUUCCACCCACGGGACCAGCUGCUGGUGAUAGCCACCUUCAACGAGUUAUACUUCUGGGACUGGAGCCAGCCCGCACCAUUCACUAAAGUAUCAACAAACAAUAUUAAUGAAAAAGUGAGAUACGUAGCGUUCGACUCGCUGGGCUACAAGCUGAUCACCGGCAUAUCGGUGUCUUCCACCGCUGGUUCUGCCACGUCGAUCCUGCAGAACUCUCACUCGCACGCGCCGACGCCCCACAGCGCCUCGCGGCGGGACGCCCCCGGCGACCGGCCUAGAGAGACCUCUGGCACUGCCCAGGAGAUGAUCGUCAACUCCUAUCAGAACCUAGUGCAGAGAUAUGACAGCCUCGUGAGGAACUAUCAGCGGCUGUUUAUGGCGCGGCAUCAACUGACGAGUACGCCUCCUGCGAAUACUACGGAUCGCGGUACGGACCCCAUGGAGCAGGACCGCGGCACGGACCCCAUGGACAGCGACCCGGCGGUGGUCGGCGCCCCGUCGUCCUCCUCCACCUGGUCCUACGGAUCUCUGAGGGCCUCCGAGUCUAGAGACACCUCGGAAAAUGACACAACGCCAGUGCGUCCCCAAGAUGGCGGCGACAGCGGCGACGGCGAGGGCAGCAGCAGCCGCCUACUGAACCUCGACGUGCUGUCCAUUAACAGUAAUCCCUCAAGAACUGAAGAUUCAAACCAAAGCAACUCGCCGAAUCAAGAGAGAUCACUGUUCGGUUCAAGCUCGUCCGCCUUCCAGCGGCUGAACGACGGCUCGUCCCGCGCGCGGUCCAGCGAGCGCGCCACGCGCUGGCUGCCCAACCCCUUCUCCGCCACGAGCGGCCCCAGCGGGAGACACCACACGGUUACCUUCAGCAGCGGCGACUCGGGCACGUCCCGUACCAGCGUGUUCACGUCGCACCGCCUGGACUCGCCCUCCGCGCGGUUCUUCCUGCAGCGGCGCCGCCACCUCGCGCAGCAGCACACCGCCACCAGCACCUCCCCGCCCCCCGCGCGCCCCGCCCGCCCCGCCGACCGCCGCCGCCCCACCGCCAACUCCUCCACGCAGAUCAGCCCCGUCGCCGCGCAGACCAUCAACGAGAGCCUCGACCUCAUCCGCGACAUCCUGCGCGACUCCGGCACCCGCCUGCUCAACCUCAUCACCAACAUGUCGCUCAACACGCUCGCCAGCGUGGAGCGGGGCAUGCCGCGCCGCGGGGGCGCCCAGUCCGACGACAGCGAGGGCGCGCCCCGCGGCGCCCGCCCCCGCAGCCAGCGGCCCCGCGUGCGCCUCUUCAGCUCCAGCCUGCGACACGAGUUCCUCUCCUCCGAGACCGACUCCGACAGCGACCAGGCGCUCGAAGUGAACCUGAUCCGCGCGAGGCACUCCAUCCAGGACACCCCCGACAACAGACACUCCACGGACAGCCACCAUCAUCCCACUAACCGGAUGGUGGUCGAACUAAACGUUAACGACGACGAUGUCGUGCAGAACGGCACGUCACCGGACAGCGACUCGCGGCACAGGUUCAACAUAACCGUCUCUAACAACAGGUUCCGCGUGCGGAGCCACAGCACCGACGAGAACCCGGAGCGGGAGGCGCGGCGCGGGCGGCGGGACUCCCCGCGCGCCUCCACCAGCCGCGCCCCCCCCGCGCCCGCCCGCGCGCCGCUCUCCGCCGCCGACGCCUUCCGCAAGGUGCGCGCCGGGGUCAACGCCCUGCACGCGCACACGGCGCAGCUCACGGACAUGUGGCUGCGCGGCGGGCGGGGGGGCGGCCCGCGCGAGCUGCGCCGCCUGUGGGAGGAGCUGCGGCGCCGCGUGCUGGCGCUGCAACGCGCGCGGCGCGGCGCCCCGCAGUACUACACGCGCCCGCUGCUGGAGCGCUGCCGCUACCUGUCCGAGCUGUCGGCCGCGCCCGCGCCGCCCGACCUGGACGACGACAGCCAGCACACAACGCUGUCCACCGACAGCACCAGCAGCUCCGUGCCCACGGAGCCCGAGCAGGGGCCCAGCGCGCGCCGCGCCCCGCGCCGCGCCGACCAGCUGCGCGCGCUGCACCGCCUGCGCAGCGCCCUGUCCCCGCGCCGCCGCGCCGGGCCCGAGCCGCGCCGCCGCCCCGCGCGACCCCCGCGCCACGCCCGCCCCGCGCCCCGCGCCGCGCCCCGCCCCGCCCCGCGCUCCUUCGAGCUGCACUGCACCAGGAACGAGAUCCGCAUGCGCGCCAUGCAGGUGCUCUCCAUCAUGUUCAACAUGAUGAUGAGCUGCCUCGAGGAGCGCGGCCUCAGCCAGCUCAUCAUACACAUGCUGCGGACGCUCAAGAAGGCGCUGGCGCUCACGUGCCUGAUGCUGAUGACGAACAGACUGAACCGGAGGGACAAUGAGGGCCAGGACGCCCCCUCCCCCGCCCCGCGCGGGGAGGACCCCCCCGCCGCCAUCCAGGACCAGCCGCCCGCGCCGGCGGAGGCACCCUCGCCCCGCGACGCUGCGGCCAGUGACGACGCUCAACCCGUAGAGAACAACACGACCCCUGAAAUGAACACGACGACUGAAGAGAAUGGCGACGGGAAUAACGAUUCUAAUUCCACAUCCUCGUGGCCUACUAGUGAUUCAGACGAUGAUGAAAAGAAAAAGAAAGAAAUUAAAAACAAUGCUAAGAAGAGCGAAUCGGCGGCGGCGUCUACCUCGGGCGCGACGUCGAGCUCGCGGCCGCCGCCCCGCGCCCCCGCGCCCCGCGCCGCGCCCCGCGUGCCCCCGCACCUGCAGCGCUGGUCCAACCGCCUCGCCGUGCAGAUCUCCGCCGCCAACCGCAACACGUCGGCCACCGCGCGCAGCCGCCGCGACCUCUACCUCGAGAGCCGCCGCCUGAAGGCUCUCCACAGAACCAACCCUAACGUCCAUCCGAUAGCCAAGAGAAAAGUGUUCCCACCGGCGACUUCCUACAGAAUACCGGCAGUGCGGCGACUGCCCACUAAAAGAAAACCGGUGAAGCCCCCGCCGAGCACGGACGAGCACGGGGAGCCGGUGGCCGGCCCAUCCGGCAGCCAGCCCGGCCCGUCCCGCGAGGAGCCCUCCCGCCAACACGGGAGGGGAGACUCGAACGAGUUCGAUAGCAGAAUAAACUUGUUUAGAAUAGCGCACAUGCAGGCUGUGAGGCUGCGCACGGCGGCUCGCUCGCGGCUGCGGCGGCUGCAGACGAUCCGGCUCUACCCGCCGUCGUCCGUGCGGGAGAUGUUCGCCAUCCAGUCCAACAACGCGGACAGCGCGGCGGGGGGGCCGGGGGGCGGGGCGGGGGAGCCCGGCCGCCGCCCCUUCGCCGCCUACCGCCCGCACAUCAUCAGCGGCCGCCUGGACACCACGGGCAACCGCGAGCCGCGCCAGUUCGACCAGAUCCUCAACAACGUGGCCGUGCCGCUGGUGCAGGUCAACGACCUGCCGGUGGGCGAGGGGGGAGCGGGGGGCGAGGCCGGCGCGCGCCCGCAGCGGAUGCCCAUGCCGAGGGUGCACGACUACUUGCAACCUAUUAUACUGGCGCAGAACGCGCUAGUAGUGGAGGAGGGCGGCGGCGGCGGGCUGGGCGGCUUCCUGGACGCGGGGCUGGUGUCGGAGGCCGUGCCCGCGCCUACCUACCGCGUGCAGGCCUGGGACUUCACCACGGGGGACACGCCCGAUAUUGCUGAUAGCACGAAAAAUGUAGUGGUCCAAAGGUGCAGAAUUCACAAUGACGCAAGCAUAGACAUUUCCAAAGAUGGCCGACUGCUAGUCGCCCUACUCCCUGUUCCAAGACUGAGGCAUACCAAUCAUUGGCUAGGUGUGUACUCCCUCGAAUGGGGCCGUCUAGGCCAGUGCCUCCACACGGCCGUGCUAGAACAGAGCGCAGUGUCAGUGGCCCUGUCGCCCACGGCCCGGCAUCUCGCCGUGGGACUCGGCUCCAGAAGAUUCACCACGCUGCCUCACGCACGCAAUAACGUGUUCGCACUGCUCUACCGACUGUCGCCUCUAGAGAGUUCAAGCCGCACGGGUCUUUCCCCUAUCAAGGAGUUGGAACAGAACUGGGAGCAGGGGUUCACGAGCCUCAACUGCCUGCGCUGGGCGCCGCAGCCGGGGCAGGGGCUCGUCUAUGCCAACAACACCGGACAACUCAUCAUCAUGAGCUAAGCUGUACAUUUAUAUGUGUUUAUAUAUUAUGACUGUUUAUAUUGAGCUAUACAGUGACAAUGGUUAGACGCCGUGUCACUUAGCGCGAGGAACAAUGUUGUCUUGUGUCAAGCAUUUUUACGUGAAAUGCUCUCUGAAUUUUAGUGCCUAAAGUGGCUAAGUUCGCCUGCAGUGACUAUGUCAUUGUAUAUUUCAACUUGAUCUCAAAUGUUUCAACGUUACAAGGUUUUUUCAAGCGAUUUUUUAUUUUGUUUUCUAAACUAAAAGUCUUAGCACGAAUGCGACUUGCAGUAAACUCGGAUUUAGUAUCAACGGAGUAAUUUAUUCAAUAGCCAAGAUAUAUAGUAUUCUUGAUGUUUUUUGUAUGAUAGGUAUGUCAUAAAUUUUAAUGCUAUCGAGAUUGGUGAAAUAGUUUAGAAAAUAUUGGAAUGCGCAAAGGUAUACCAAAAUUAAAUCGAAGUCACAGAUUGACGUUUAUCCAUUGAUAAGAUUCUAUGU